AUGGAAGUCCGCCGCGACCCGCGCUCUUUCCUCUUCUUCAUCAUCCUGCUGCUCCUCAUCAACUCGCCGGAACCGCAGCAGCAGUCGUUCAACACGCGCACCCGCUACGACGAGCUGAUCCCGCGCGAACACGCCCAGCUCGACAUCCUGAACCGCACGCGCUACGGAGACUUUAACCCGCGGCACAGGAAAUGGCUCAACGUCAGCGGGUGCCGUGACGAAGACGGAUUCGCAUGGGACUUGCUGCCUGGCGUGAUAGCCAAGGCGAACACCCACGGAGAGCGGGCGCUGGGCACGGCGUGGGCGGGCGUACUGGACGGCUCGAUUCUCGGCCAGGAGCGCGACGCCCUGCCGCUGUAUAGGAACCUGAGCGGCUAUGUCCAGGGCGAGUGGGUCCGCGAUGCGAGCAGCCGCCUCAGACACCCCGGCGAUAUGGGCAACACGACGCAUCCCGCCAGAGACCCGUUCACGAAUGCGGCCAUGGGCUUUGAUCGCAAUCUUACGGGGCCGAGUGGCAGGUUUCGGGUGCACAUCACGGAGCUCGAGGACAAGAUGCGGAUGGAUGUGAACAAGACGAUUUCCGAGGUUAGUGCCAAGGUUGUGGUUGGGGACGACGAGAGCUUUGGGGGGAACUGGUGGGAGUUUUAUGUGCAUGGUGUGCAUUUCAGGGACAGCGGGCAUGCCGUGCUGACGACGACGAGCGAGCGCUUUGCGGGCAUCUUUGCGCUGCCGCAUUUCCAGCUCUCGCGCGCGCUGCACGAUACCUCCCAGCACUUUCUGAACUGGACCAUCCUUGAGACCAUCGAGCGGCAGAUACAUCGACCGUUUCCUGUCUGGAACCCCUGGACGAGCUUGCCUGCUGGGUCCAACGACGACAUGAUGGGCGUGGCGCAUCACUGCGAGUUUGUUCUCUACCUGCAGCAGCCGCCGAGUGCGCAGACUGUCGACAUGGACUGGCUUGAACACGAGAUGCGCUUCCCCACCGGUGCACCGCUGGGCCAUCGCUCGCAGCUCUCCAUGUCCAUGGUGGGCUUCUCGCCAGAUUGCGGAUAUGUGAUCGAGUCAAAAGGACCGCCAGGCUAUCCUCCCUCGGAAGCCAUGCAUCUCGCUGGCUCCAAGACGGAGGAGUACAACGACCGAGCGCGACACAGUAUCGUGGCCUUUGCCAUAGCUCUCGCCUUCCAGCUGUCCUUUCUGAUCAAGCAGAUGAAGGAGACAGCAACCCCGUCCAUGCGCAGCCGUGUCAGCUUCUACACCAUCGCCAUGAUGGCGCUGGGCGACGGCUUCACGUUCCUAGUCCUCAUCUUCAUGUAUCUCUUCCUAGGCACCGCGCAGCUAGCCAUGUAUAGCAUCGCCUUUGUCGCUCUCUUCAGUGUGCUCGCACACCUGCGCUUCCUGAUGGACAUCUGGACUGUGCAAGCCGCCGAACGCGCGCGCCAGGAACGACAACAGGCUCCAUCCGCACCGACACCGCCGCCAGCCCCUACACCAGCGGCAUCAGAGCCUUCAAACGACCUCCCUCUCGCAGCCGACGCUUUCGGCACCCCGGCAACCAUCUCCCGCCCCCCUCCCAAUGCACCUCCUGGUCUUCCCCUCCCAGCGAUUGCACCCGCACCCCGUCCUCCUCCGCGUCCACAGACGCCUAUCCUGAUCGCACCGGACCAAGACGACCCGCUUUCCGAUGACGACGCGCCCUUGCUACCCACACGGAACCCAGCAACUGCCCCCGCCCCCGUCCCGGCGCCCGCCAACCCCCGCGCCGAAUUCGGAGCCCUAUACUCACGCUUCUGCCUCCUGCUUAUCAUAACAUUCUUCGUUUCGAUCCAGUUCGCCACCGCGCGCACCCUCUACCGUCGAAUCUACUUCAGCCUGCUUUCGUUCCUCUACGUCUCCUUCUGGGUUCCUCAAAUAUACCGCAACGUGCAGCGCAACUGCGGGCGCGCACUGCGAUGGGACUACACGAUAGGCACAUCGCUCACGCGGCUCGUGCCGCUCUUAUAUUUCUACCUCGAGGCGGACAACGUGCUGUUCGCCGCGACGGACUGGCAGGUUGCAGCUGUGCUGGCGGGCUGGGUGUGGGUGCAGAUGGUCGCGCUCGCCAGCCAGAACAUCCUGGGCCCGCGGUUCUUCGUGAGAGAAGGCUGGGCGCCGCCCGCGUAUGACUACCAUCCCAUCCUCCGCGAGGACGAGGAGGGCGCGCUGCUCCCGCUUAACGUGACGACGGCCUCAGACGACGCCAUCGACGGCGCCGAGGCGGGCAGCAGGAGCGCCGCGGAGGCCAGGGAUAAGGGCAGGAAGGUGUUCGACUGCAGCAUCUGCGCCAACGAUAUCGAGGUCCCUGUCGUGCCUGCUGGCGCGGACGAGAGCACCGUUGCGGGCAUCGCGGGCACGGGCAUGGUGCUGCAGAGACGCAUGUAUAUGGUCACCCCGUGUCGACAUAUCUUCCACGCCAACUGUCUCGAGGGCUGGAUGCGGUAUCGACUCAUUUGUCCAAACUGUAGGGAGGCACUUCCUCCUCUGUAG